AUGGUGGUGAUCCCCCCCGGACUGAGCGAGGAGGAGGUGGCUCUGCAGAGGAAAUUCAAGGAACUGAAGAGGAAGAAGAAGGCCUUGCUGGCCCUGAAGAAGCGGAGCAGCAGCAGCAGCAGCAGCAGCAGCAGCAGCGCAGCCAGCAAAGGGAUACGCCCGCUGCCGGAGCCGCCCGCGGUGGACGCGGCCGCGGCCACAGAGCAGGCCAGGCAGCUGGUGAAGGCGGGGGUCGUGCGCGCCGUCAAGGCCGAAGAGGCCAGGACCUCGGGCUUCAAGCGUCCCCGAGCCCGGGAUGGGAGGGUGAGAGACGCCGAGCAGGGGCUGGUGCCCACCGCCCCGCAGUUCCAGGGGAGCAUCUCUGCCCAGGACCUUGUGCAGGAACCGCCCCGAUGUGCCCAGAGGCAGCCUCUGGACGGGGGCUCCGUGUCUGCCCGGGACGGGGUUCGGGUCCUGGGGCCGGCUGGGGGGGCGGCGGGGGACACGGGGGCUGGGGGUGGCCCUACUCGUGGAAGCUGUGAAUGGGGCCCAGGAGCACGUGGGGGUGCCUGGUCCCCAAUCUCCCCUCCCCGAAGCCGCAGCCCGGAACGGGGCAGGGAACGGGGCAGGGAAUGGGAUCGGGACAGAGAAUGGGACCCGGACAGGGAAUGGGACCCGGACAGAGAAUGGGACCGGGACAGAGAUCGGAAACGGGACAGAGAUUGGGACCGGGACCGAGACCGACACCGAGAGGCCCCUUUCCGCAGGUCGGACUCGGUCCCUGGACGCCGGGCCCCUCGGAAGGGGAGCAAGCUCCAUGUGUCUGCGGCCUCCUCCCCGUUUGGGAACAUCAUUGACCUCUCCGUGGACCCGCCCAGGACUUGUGCCGUCGUCCCAGAUGAAGAGAUGGAGACUAAAGACCAGGCUGAGCUCCCCGGGACCCGCGCGGAGUCCGGGCCGCUCGAAGGCAGCGGUGCCUUCCGUGCCAAGUCUGUGUGGGGCUCCCUCGCCGCCCGGGACAGCCCUAAGGGCUGCCACCGGGACAGGAGGACCCAGAGGGUCUACGACGAUGACCAUGAUGUCUGCAAGGAAAACCUGGUGGAUGGCUUCUAG